UACACACACACACACAGCAACUCUCCACAGGAAAAGCUAGAGACAGAAUGCGCAGCCCCUUCACAGCAGCUCGGGUGCGUCGUGGCGUCCAAAUGGGAUCCUGCUACACUUUGAUAGUUGGUUAAUUACUCAUAUGAUACCACACAGAUGUCUGGGGGGCUCUAGCCGAAUAUUCGUCUCACUAACUCACUGACUGACUGACUGACGGGAUCCUGGGGAAGGCAGACAUUUAAGGAGCGCUGUGCUAAAUAGCCGUAAUCAGGCUCUUAUCACCUCAUCUGGAAAUCAAAGAGCGAACUGCGUUCUGCAAUGGGCAUUAUGACGCUACGAUUGUUUUUGCUAAUGGCCGUCCUGGCCACUGUUGGAAUAUGUCACAUUAAUGGAACAGAGGAAGUCCUUCAAAACUUUACUACAUCCAAAACCAAUGUGCAUAAAGGUCUCCAGCCCACAACCAGAAAAGCCCUGCUGGAUAACAAUACCAGACUGAAGGGGCCUCCAGCCUGCAAGGACCCCACUUCCAUUAAGCACUAUUUUAAGUAUAUUAACACAAUUAUUUCCUGUGCUGUGUUUGUGGUGGGAAUGGUGGGUAAUGCCACCUUGCUGAGGAUUAUUUACCAAAACAAGUGUAUGAGGAAUGGACCCAAUGCCCUCAUCGCCAGCCUGGCUCUUGGAGACCUCCUCUACAUCACCAUAGACAUCCCUAUCAAUGUCUACAAGCUACUUCUCACAAAAUGGCCAUUUGAUGACAGCUCUUUUGGACUCUUCCUGUGUAAACUGGUGCCUUUCCUCCAGAAAGCGUCUGUUGGGAUUCUCGAGAAAGGCAGUCCGUUAACUGUGUUUGUUUACUGUAGAUGUAAUGGAUACUGUAUGUGCUUUAUCUUCUCUCAGUUCUAUGUAAAUUGGAAAGACUGGUGGUUAUUUAGCUUUUACUUCUGUGUGCCACUGGCCUGCACAGCUAUUUUCUACACCCUCAUGACAUGUGAAAUGCUCAACCGCAGAAAUGGAAGCCUUCGGAUAGUGCUCAGCGAACACCUUAAACAGCGGCGUGAAGUGGCUAAAGCAGUCUUCUGUUUAGUGCUGAUCUUUGCUCUUUGCUGGUUCCCUCUUCAUCUCAGUAGACUGUUGAAGAAAAUGGUUUAUGCUCCAAAUGAUGAAAGACGUUGUGACCUACUAAACUUCCUGUUGAUCAUGGAUUAUUUUGGCAUUAACUUGGCCACUGUGAACUCCUGCAUCAACCCCAUCAUCCUCUAUUUUGUGAGCAAGAAGUUCAAGAAUUGCUUUAAGUCAUGCUUGUGCUGUUGGUGUUACACCAAGAACCAGGUGUCCAGCUCAGGCCCAAUGAACGGCACUAGCAUUCAGUGCAAAAACCAUGAGCCCGGCAACCUCAAUACCGACAGAAGCCUCCGCAAAUACAGCGACUGAGAGGUGAAGGACUCACUACAGUCCGCCUACAUGCUUAAAACGCAUUAUAGAAGCGGACAUCAUCCAGUGUCAACUUUGAGGUGGAAAACAUUGUAACCAUUCAUAUGAAACUAAAGUUCCUGUGCUCUGCGCAGUAUCAGGCUGUUUUUAUAUAUAGCAUCAGACCAGACAAUGGACCUGAUAUAUUUAAAGACUCCCGUAGACCUACAGCAGCUGUUCCCAGACUUUCAGAGGGUUGUUUUGAAGUGAGCUGUGUAAGAAGUGGUGGGAGUGAAGACCAACAGCAACAGGAUGCAGCUGAACCUAACAGCUACAAAUUAACCCUCAUCAGGAACUUGACAUGUUUUCCUUAUGAAAACGCUUAAAUAUGAAGCUCUGGAUCGUCACUGUCCGACGUGAAAGGAAGUUACCGAAAGGAAGAGUGAAGUGGUCAAUCUGUGUUUUCUGUGUUCCUACCUACGAGCUUUGCAAAAGAAACUCCCAGCAUGUCUUUAUUUAGAU